GAAAUGAAGAUAUAAAUUUAUAAGUAAUUUAAAAGUGUUUUGUGCCGCACGGGGACUUUUAUUUUGAAGUGGUGUUUUAUUUUGAAGCGCUGUCAAACGUGGCUUCCUGCUGCAUGAAAGCAUGUUGUCUGCCGUCAUUGAGCUGAGCUGUUUAUGGUACUCUUCAGUUUUAUUCGCACGGCCGGCACACGUUUAAACGUUUACUCGUUCACGCUAAAUAGGCCGUUUAGGAGCGCGAGGAUGUGUAAAGAGCCGAAGACGAGAGUCCUGCGGUUACCGGCUCAGAGCUCCGUUGACCCGACGCCGCCGCCGCCGCAGGAGUGGACCGAGAUCCUGACCGUCACAGUCAAGGCUCUGAAGGCGGGUCAGGUCGUGGCCGUUCCCACUGACACCAUCUACGGUCUGGCCUGCGUGGCUCAAAACUCUGCGGCCGUCACGAGAGUCUAUGAUAUCAAAGGAAGGAAUGGAGACAAACCUCUAGCCAUCUGUGUCGGAGAAAUACAGGACAUAUACAGAUUCUGUAAGGUGUCUGUGAAGGAGGAUCUGCUCCGAGAUCUGCUGCCUGGACCGGUUACACUAGUUCUGGAAAGAUCAACCACACUGAACGGAGACCUCAAUCCUUUUACCAAGCUCAUAGGGGUUCGCAUUCCAGACCAUCCGUUCAUGAGGCGUCUCUGUCAGAUGUGCGGCGAGCCGCUUGCUCUCACCAGUGCUAACGUCAGCGCACAAACCAGCACGGUUGCUGCUAACGAGUUUGAGGAUUUGUGGCCCAGUCUGGCUGUUGUGGUGGACGGAGGCCCGAUUGGAGAUAAAAGCCGUUUGGGUUCAACAGUUGUGGAUCUGUCUGUAUGCGGCAGAUACCGUAUAAUCAGACCGGGAUGUGCGCUCUCUGCUACAGUUCAGGUACUUGAGGGCAAGUAUGGACUGCUGGAGGAUCCUAUCAACCAAUGAGAUGCAAGCGCAGCACAAACCCGCUGUAGGUCAACGUCAGCCCAGGGAUCAGACGCUCUUCUGAAGUCUGUGUGGUUCUCAGUAAUGGGUCUUGAGUUUCUCUGCUUUUUCACCUCUCUUCAGAGAGGUUUGGGAUUGGUGGAUCUGGUCUGAGUGUGCUUAUAAAUUGAGUUUGUGGAUUCAAUAGACUCUGUUAAAGACGCACAUUGUUCUUACUUGUAGUCAGACGUUUAGUUUCAGUGGAGUGUGAUCAGAUGUUCUGUACAGUGGGGUAAUUCUCCUGUUGACAUGACCUCUACACCACUGAGAUGCCUUUGGGGAUACACGGAAUAUUAUAAUGAAUACUGCAAACCUUGAUUGAGUUGAUUGCUUUGUUACAGUACAGUAAUAGUUUAGACUUAAGGAUUUGGGGUUUUAUUUAUUGCAAUUUUAAAUAUCAGAUUGAGUUGGGGUUUUUUUGUUUUUUAGGGGUCACUUGCUCUCUGGCAAGAGCGUCAGUCUUUUUAUAAAAUUAAAAAAAUCUGAAGUCAAGAACUUUUAUUUAUUAUUGUACUGUUUUUCAUUGUGGACCAAAGCAGAUUAAAUCAUCUUAUGCAGAUGUUAUGCAAGAGUCCCACUCAUUUGGUAUUUGCAGUUAACCCAUUAUGUCCCUGUUGGCCGCCUUCCAUUUUAUUUCAUACAGUUAGUAAUGCUUAUGAAUUUAUGGAUGUUUUGGAUGUAAACUGGGUUAAGCCAUGUUUCUGUUCUUCUGAGACAUGUUGACAUGGAGCAGCAGUCUCGGAGAAUAACUGGCUGUUUGUUUACUAUCUGUGGCUGUAUUCAAGGGAGAUCGUGCCAAACCGUGGAAAACUUCACUUGCUGUUAUGUGAGAAAUGAGUCUCUAUAAUUUAAACAUUUGAAAACAUACAUGUGUGAAUAUUUUAACCUCACUGGCCAGAUCAGAGACCUAGUGUGCACGACAUGUACAGUAUUGCAUGCAAGUCACUUCAGAAAGGUUGUAUUUAAGAGCUGAAGGUAGGGCACAAUUGAUACAGCGUCUCUAAUCAAAAUGAUAACCCAGUUAUUUAACAUGGAAUCAGUGAAUCAUGGCAGGAGGCCACUAGUUUUAAUAAUGUCAUCAGUAACUGAAUACUGAAACCCUUUAAAUAUCAGGGAAUUGUAAACUUGUGAUUAGUCAGACAAGGGGAGAAGCAACAUGGAAUUAAAUUCAUUAAUGUUCUUUAAUUCUAAAACCGUUUUUGGCAUGUUGCAGUAAUAUUCCAUGUCAAUGCUUCCCUUUCAAAUUACUUUUGGAGAGAUAAACAAUCCAAAGAAUUUUGCUCGAUUCACACUUUCCUUAUUCAAGACAGUAAAGAAUGUUAAUGUAUAUCAAAUAAAUGCUUAUUCAAAUCUAAUAAAAUGUAUGACCAUUAGUAGUUUUGUUGGCUUGAAUACGUAUUUUGUUUUUAUUUGCAUCUCAAUACUGUCCUCUGUUUUUGUCUGCGCUUGAAGGCAGCGUGUAAUGUGUUCUGUAGCUCAUAAGCGUUCUGUGUGGUAGAUACCAUGUAAUCAGAGUGGUGAGUAACUCCCAGAAUAAAUUCAGAAAAGGUCUCAAAAACAAGA